AAAGAAGCCAUUUAUGAGACAAAAGUAAAUACACAAAUCUUAUUGAUAGUAAAUGGCAUUUAUGAUACUAUGCACGUUAAAGAAAAGCCAAAGCAAUCCGUGAACGCAAUUCUACAAAAUACAUUUCAAGCCCUAACAUUUGAAAAAACGGGUAUGCAAUUAUCUGGUGAAUCUGGUGGAAAGUCUUCUAAACUAGGUGGUUCAGUAUUCAGUUUUGAUGAGAUUUAUGAACGUCUGAAAGAAUUUAAACAAAAUCUUACUAAAAAUAAACAUGCGCGAUCAAGGUUAUACUUCGCAAAAGUUGAUGUUCAAUCUUGUUUUGAAUCCAUUGAUCAAGAACGAGUUUUGGAAAUAGUUAGAGAUGUAUUAAAAGAGAGUGAAUAUGCAAUUCAUAAAUAUGAUAUAGUUUGCCAGAAGGGUAGUACAAUCCGUUCGUUUUAUAAAUAUUAUGCCGACUCAACAGACGAUUUUCCUAAGUUUCCAACUUUUGCAAGAGAAUCGGCACAAAAGAUACCAAAUUCAGUUUUUAUUGACCGCGUUAAAGAAUCGUAUUUAGAUAGGGAGGAUAUACUUGAUCUCUUAGAAAAGCAUAUCAAGUAUAAUUUAAUAAAAGUAUGA